AAAGAAAUCUGCACCCGAUUUGUUACAGUCUCGCCCGCUUUGUUGUCACUGUUCUCUCAACUUUCGUCAAAACUGGUGAAACGCUGUUAUCAUCAGUUAGUUCUGUGGGUGUAUUUUAGUGAACGGUGCUUGUAUGUAGUUGUUGUCCGUGAUAGUUUUUAUUGAUUUUUUGCAGUGGUUGUCGGUUGUCCGACAGUUUUCAUUAUGGAAUGUAUACGGGAAGAAAAUAUGUGGAAAUGUCUGUACAGAAAACUGCAAAAACAAAAAUCCGAGGAUUUUGGUAACGACAGAAUUCAACAAGUGGACGGAGGAUUUUUCGAAAAAUUCGGUUCUCUGUUCAGAGAACAGGCCGAAUUCGCGGCAACACAAGAACAAAUCGAGAAACAGCGAGUCGCCGAGGCCGCUGCUCAGGUGAUACCCGCCAAAGACGAAGAAGAGAGCGACAAUGAGGCUCUACCAACGGUGGAGAGCGACGCAGACGUUUCCAUCUCGUCUGAUUCGGAAGUUGAGGGCGAAAAAGAGAAAUCGGAGCUAAUUGCUACAGCCUGGAACAUUGAUGAAUUGUACACAGAAAUAUUAUAUGAAAUACUCCACAAUGUCGGCUGUGAUAUGAACUAUGAAGUGGGACAGAUCGCCCUGUUUUCUUACGCCCAGGAUGCCUUCAAAAUAUCAAACGACAAACAUAGAUACCUCAUGGAGGUAGCCGAACAAAAGGAGGCCCCAGAAUUAUUACUCAACGUGGAAGUAAUAGAAGCAAAAGACUUGAAACCGAAAGAUUCAAAUGGAUCCAGCGAUCCUUUCGUUACAUUAUAUUUGGCAUCAAGUAAUUCCCACAGAUAUAACACAUCCGUUAAGCCCGUCACCCUUAAUCCAGUAUGGGAGGAGCAUUUCGCAUUGCCUAUAACGGAAAACACAAAUGACGACACUCUUUGCCUAGAGGUGUGGGAUUUUGAUCCUGCCGAAUCAGUUAAGGAAAAACUGGGGAAAAUCUUCGAAGUAAAGGGUGUGCGAGGUAUGAGGAAACUCGUGAAAGAAAUUGCUUUAACCGCAACAACCGGACAACACGAAAAUGAACUGAUUGGUCGAGCGAAGAUUCCCUUGAGCACUAUUCCAGCAUCGGGAAUGACAAUGUGGUACAGUUUGGAUAAAAAGAAUAAAGUGAAUAGGCAAGGUGUACUUAAAAUUCGGGUUUCCUACAGCUCUACGAAGAAUAGUCAAGUUGCCGAACAGGAGCACAGACAUUUGUUGCGACUAAUUCUUUUACAUGAACUGGAAAUGUCGAAAGUAGCUCCCCAUUGGUGGUGUGGUACCUUCAGCCCCCACGGGGACCAGUUGUUAACCCAGCAUAUCGCCCAAUCAGGAUUAUCGCCUACUGAGGUGGCUUUAUGCCAGUACUGCGUAUUUAGUGGCAUUCAUCAAAACCACCCACUGAACUUUACACUCUUUUCGAAUCUACUCGACAAGUUGAUCAAACCUUUACAAUCAAAUUCCGUAUCGGAGGAAGACGUCAAACUAUUCUGGGACGCGACGAAGAAACUGUUGCCGUCCUGUUUCGGCAUUAUACGAAAGAUCAGGAAGAAAAGCACCAAUGAAAAAACUACGAUGAAGCAAGUUACCGAAGUGUUAAAGAUACUUAAUUGUAUUAGUUCCUUGGAGCCGCUUCCGAGUACGGAUCUCUUCCCCGUGAAUUUAUAUCCCUGGAUAACGUACCAGGGUGAUCAGCCUAACUGUAACAUUCAUGAGACGUUGAAUGACGCAGUGUCUCAAGGUGCUUGUGAUUGGUUGAAUCACAUUUUGGAGAAUAAUAAGAGACCCGACGAAACGGACUUGUCGAAGUUGCAGAAUCUUAUUCAAAUUAUUCAGCUUGUGAGGAGCGACUUGCAGAAAGCCAUUGAGUAUUAUGAUAAACUUUUCCAAGAGACUGUCAAUUUUGCAUAUGCCAAAGCCCUGUACGUAUUCUACCAAGCAAAAGUCUCGACGUUAUGCGAACCCGAGGUGGUGACGAUAUGCAAAAGCCUAAAGAAACUCAACUAUUCCGGAUACAACAAUCUGACGAAUGGAGAUGCCAAUGUGGAUCCUUUAACCGAAGGCACGUCCUUGUUCGAAUUAUACUUAGCCAUACAGAGGUUUACGAUGCUGGGAGUAGGUUUGUGUCCGGCCGAUAGCGACACGUUCCACAUAAAGAAUUUCCACCAGUGGUUCCACGGGGGCGUAGCACAGUGGUUGGACAUCGCUGUGUACAAGGCCUUGCAGCGUAUCGAGAAAGCGGUGGAGUUGGACAAGCUCGUGCACGUUGACAACACGGUGAAGUACAGUUCUUCUGCUGUGGACACUUUGACUAUAUUUUAUCAGAUAAAAGUAUUUUGGGAACAAUUGAACUGGCCGAAUGUGGAGGGAUCUUACACGUUUAUUGCUAAGAUUAUUGAUGACAUUUGCCGGUGCUGUGUAUUCUACGCAGACAAGAUGUCCGCCAAGGUGGACGGUAUGGGCGACGUACAGGAUAUAUAUGAAAAAAAAUUCGAGGUUACAAAUGAAUGGUGCCUCGCUAUAAACAAUAUAGACUAUGUGAGGGAAACCCUGGAGCCUUUUACUAGAGAUUUGGGGAUGGACGACGUCAUUCAGAAAAUUUCUGAUUUGAAGAGCCCACUCGAUGCUCAGAGGUGUCAACACACUUUGGAAAACGUCAUCGCAAAUGCGAUAGACACCGUUAGGAAUAAGAUUAUCGAAUUAUUAGAGAAAGUUGUCUCGAAGAUGGAGCCUUCUAUGAAGCGUUUACUGAUUGAAGGGGCUGAGCUGUGCAACCAGGACAGCAACAGCGUGCACAGACUGAUGAUGUAUGUGGAUAAUAAUUUGGCAACGCUUCAUAGAGAACUGAAUGAGGAGAAUUUCAAUAGAACGUUGGAAAUUGUGUGGAAUAUGUUAAGCGAUACACUGGGAGAAAUCAUUCAGGCAAAUUUAGACAAAAGGAGACCUCCAUCCUUCUUUGACAACCUCCGUAAGACCCUAAAUUUGAUGUUGGGGUCAUUUAAGAAUCCCGCUGACUGUGAUAACUGUGACGCUUUGAAAAGGACUGAACAAAUUCUGAGGAUAAACGGUUUGGAAACUGCAGAUUUGAUCCACGAGGUACAUUUGACUAUGACCGAGCAAUUUGAAAAAGUGAAAGAUUCGCCAUAUGGAGAAAUUUCUGUUAGAGUUAAAUUCGAAGGCAACAGUUUAAUGGUGGAAGUGAUGAAUGCAAGAAAUUUAAUAGCGAUGGAUUCCAACGGAUCUUGUGAUGCAUUCGUACGUGUACACCUUCUUCCAGAACACAAAUUUAGUGGAAUUGAUAAACCAAAAACUAAGACGCACAGCAAAACGCAGUUUCCGCUGUUUGAUGAAAAAUUUGUGUUAAAGCUAUCUGCCGACCAAAAAGAGUUGGAGGAUGGGCUAAUUUUAUUCAGUGUUAAGGACAAGGAUCUACUAGGAUACAACAAUCAGUAUAUAGGAGAGGCAUUUAUACACUUUAAGGACAUUGAAGAUACCACACAAUCCAUCUCUUGUUUGCCGCAAAUUCACUUGCAGUUGUCACGACCCACUGAGUCAACAAUGACUUCUGAUGGAAUAAAAGCUCUCGAGCACAGGCAAGGUGAUAAACAAGCCAAAGAGUUUUUGAGGAAAUUCAAACAAAGAAUGGGAUCGUGAACCCUCCAAUCUAAGACUGCUUUAUUUAUAUUUUUAACAGACCGUAUUCGUUAGAUCUUUAACUUCGUUACUAGAAUGUAAUGUAAUUUUAGUAAUGUUAAUUUUAUAAAACGUAUUGUUAAAUUAAUGAUUUUAAAUUAAAGU